AUGUCCUCUAGCGCCGCCUAUGCGGCCAGCCAAGCGCAGAGAAAGCUCAUGCACAUAGAACAGUCUGUGGAAGACAUUUCGGACCUAUUUCUGAGCGUGUACCUUGUUCUCGACAACGUCGGUCCGGAGAAUUGUCGCUCACAUCCUGCAAUGAUAUCUUUGGCUACUUGGGAUCAGUACUACCAGGAUUUCUUGCGUAUUGCUUCUCUUUGUCGGAGAAACUUACACGAGUCUGUGGCAGUCAUGGACGCCGUGGCUGCAGCAUAUAGAGAGACCGUGCUCACGGCUAUCGGUCUAUCUAGCUACCAGGAUACCAUGACAGGACUCCAGUUUGCAGAGAACCUCAUGCGAAAAAAGGUCGCUUGCGGGACGAGUUCUGUUGACGACCUCAAAAAGCUUGCUGGGAAUAUACGCACUCUCCAGGCCCAGGCCGACCACGCGCCUACUGGCACACUGCCCCGACCCUUAACAACGAGCCAUUGGAAUCUUGGCGAAGUUAUUCACUACAUAUCAGAACUACGUCUCCAAAUAUACGCCAUGAUCUUCUUCAAUCGCCACUUAAGAAGAGUGUGUAGACUAAUAGGCCGCCUAUACUCUGCCGGGCUUGUUAUCGCAUGGAAGACUAUGCUCAGAAUCGCACGCAUCCUUCCCAAUAUCGAGCUCAGAGCCUAUCCGGGCAGGAGUACACCUUCAGGCGAAAGUAACGACGUACCGCUCGUGGUAUCUGAACCUGGACCGUCGUAUCCCGAUACGAUGAAGUACACUUUGGAACGGGUCGCGGACGAUAUAACGAAGUUCGCUCUUACUUGGUCGGAGAUAUCCGACGAGAUAGCGCAAUGGGCCGCAUACCUAAAACGCCGUGCAGCAUCCGUGGAUUCAGAAAUUUUGGACGUAUCAGAUCUGACGUUCUACGGCGAAAUCGCGGGGAUGUGGGAUGCAAUAAUGAGCAUGCGCCAUGCUUCCCUCCGGAGGAUGCAUCCGUCCCAGAGCUCGAUCUCGGAGGAGCUUUAG